CCUGAGGGCGAAUGUGGGUCCCCGGCUUUGCUUCCAGGUUCGAAGACGAGACAUGGAAAGUGAUUAUUCCUCAGCCUUAUAUUACGAAGUCCCCAGUGCUUACAGCUCCGAAGUCCAGCUGGAGCGGGGGGGUGGCGAGCCUACUGCUGCGGAGGUCACGGGGACCCUGGAGAGCUGCAUGCUCCUCACCAAAAGGGACAUCCCAGAGGGCCCGGAGGAGGAAGAGGAGGAGUCCGAGGGUGCCCUUAGGGAGCAGGACCUGAAGGGGGCCGACAUUCAGCUUGUGCAAGGUGUGCAGGAAUGGCAGGACGGCUGUGUCUACCGAGGGGAGUUCGGGCUGGACGUGAAGCUGGGAUAUGGUGAAUUCUCUUGGCCUACAGGCGAGUCCUACCACGGGCAGUUUUACCGGGACCACUGCCACGGCUUGGGCACCUACACGUGGCCGGAUGGCUCCAGCUUCACGGGCAUGUUUUACCUCAGCUGCCGAGAAGGCUACGGCACCAUGCACCUGAAGGCCAGGCUCUUCCAGGGGCUGUACCGGGCAGAUGAACGGUUCGGGCCGGGCGUCGAGACGCACCCUGACGGCAGCCAGGACGUGGGGCUGUGGUUCCGAGAGCACCUCAUCAAGCUGUGCACGGAGGUUCCCGGCGGCUUCUCCAUACGCAGUUACCCUGAGUUCUCGGGCUUCCUCACGCACUGUCCUGCUAAAAUCUGCCUCUCAGACGAGGAGAAAACGGAGGGGGACCUGUGUGAGAGUCAGGACCCCUUUUUCUAUGACUAUAAGCAGUUUCUUCUGAAUGACGACCUAACUUUGCCCCCAGAAAUGUACCUCUACUCGACUGACAACAGGCAUCUGCCCAUGACCCGCUCCUUCCGCAGAGACUUAGAUGCCCAGAUCUUCCUUAACGACACCUCUGCAUUUGUCGAGGAUGGAGAACCCUGGUUUAUCAAACACGAGGCCCCUUUGAUGGCCAAAAUCCAGAAGCAAGCUUACAAGUUCAGGAACCAGAAGGCUCACACCACCUGGAACAUGGGCGCCAUCCUGAAGGGGAACCGGAGCAGCUUCGGGUGCCCCGGGCCCAAGGAGCGGCUUUCCACGGAGAUGAUCAUGAAGGCCAAGGAAGGGGACUACGACUGGAUUUGCGGGAUCCUGAGGGACAACCUUGUCAAUCCCGAUGUGGCCGACUCGAAGGGCUACACCGUGCUCGCCGCGGCUGCCGUUCACUGUCACACUGACAUUGUCAACCUUCUGCUGGACAACGGGGCCAACGUGAACAAGUGCACGGACGAGGGCCUCACUCCGCUCAGCAUGUGCUUCCUCCUCUACUACCCGGCCAGCUCUUUCAAGCCCAACAUCGCCGAGAGGACCGUGCCCAAGCCCCAGGCAGCUCCAAAAAUCCUAGUAAUUCCAAACCAUUCCUUCUCACUCCCCGAAGCGGCAGUGGAGUCAGUCUCGCGUGAGGAAUCUGUGCCCAGCCACAGCACCCAGGAAGUAAAGGCACUGUCUGUGGUGCCCGGCAGCCGGGAGAACGGCCUCUCUCCGGGCAGCCAGCUGUCUCGGGAGUCCACUGACCGGAGGAGCAGCCUGCAGCGGUGGGAGUCCACAUCGCGGACGGGCAGCGCCAGCGACCUGGAGAAGGGGCUGGACGACGUGCUGGGGAACCUGGACAUGUGCUCGCUGGGCAGCGAUGGGACGAGCUUCGAGUCCACCCUCUGUGUGCACAGCUUCUCCAUUGAGCUCUCACGGGCUAUCGUGGAGAAGAGUGCCAGGGCCCACAGCAUGCUGAAGGCCCCCUCCUUGGGCACCACCUACUCUGACCAAGGGACCAUGAGGAAGAUGGCGCUCUCCAUGAUUGAACACAGAAACAGGUGGCUGACCAUCAACCUCCUGCUGCACCGGGGCGCCGACCCCAACUGCUGCCGCAUACCCAUGCAGGUCCUGUUCUUCGCUGUGAAGGCUGGGGACGUGGAGGGAGUAAAGCUGCUGCUGGAGAAUGGGGCCAGGACCGACAUCCAGCUCUCCCCCGAGCUGCAGGCCCUGACCCCCCUCCACAUUGCAGCCGCCCUUCCCGGGGAAGAGGGCGUCAAGAUAACCGAGCUGCUGCUUCAUGCCAUCACCGACGUGGAUGCCAGGGCAGCCGACCAGGACGACGUGUACGAGCCAGUCAAGCUGGACCUGUCGCCUUCAAGCCUGAAGCUCAGUGAUGAAGCAGGCCCGCCCAGCGUCUACUACAGCGAGCACACAUCUGCCCCAGAUGAGGGGGGCAGGACGGCUCUGCACGUGGCCUGCGAGCGUGAAGACAACAGCAGCUGUGCCAGGGACGUGGUCCGGCUCCUCCUCUCCCACAAAGCAAACCCCAACAUGCUGUGGAGUGGCCACUCACCGCUCUCACUGUCCAUCGCCAGUGGGAAUGACCUGAUUGUGAAGGAGCUUCUGUCCCAAGGAGCUGACCCCAACCUGUUCCUGACCAAGGGCUUGGGCAGUGCCCUGUGUGUCGCCUGCGACUUCACCUACGAACACCAGAGAAACAUGGACAGCAAACUGGCCCUGAUUGACCUGCUCAUUAAUUAUGGGGCCAACAUCCUGAACCCUGUGAUGCUCACGCAGGGGGACAAGGUGGCUGUGGGCACAGUCGUUGACUACGGGUAUUUCAAAUUCUACCAGGACCGCAAGAUCGCCCACUGCCCCUUCCACUCACUGAUGCCAGCAGAGCGGGAGACGUUUCUAGCCCGGAAGAGGCUCCUGGAAUACAUGGGCAUCCAGCUGCGCCGUGCCGUUUUCGCCAAGGAGAGCCAGUGGGAUCUGAAGAUGCUGUACCUGAGCAAGAAAGCGGAGCUGACACCCUGCCCCAGGCUGAAGCGGAGGAGCACCAGGCUGUCCCAGGCGCUGCAGUGGGAGAAGCAGGCGCAGAUUCCCUUCUUCAAGUUCUGCUACCAGUGUGGCCGCUCUGUCGGGGUGCGCCUCGCGCCCUGCACCCGCUGCUACGGGGUGCUGACCUGCAGCAAGUACUGCAAGACCAAGGCCUGGACCGACUUCCACAAGAGGGACUGCAGCGCCCUGAUGGCCCUUGUUGAUAGUCCAGGGCCCACCCAGAGGACGGAGGACCCGUGCUUGAGGAUGGAGGAAUCUCAGUGAAGGAUCAGCGCCCGAGGCCGAGGCCUGGGGAAGGCCCAGCGGCAGGCAGGUCGGACUGUGCGGAUUCUCGUCUCGGGGCUGCCUCUGUCCUACUGCGAGAAGUCUGCACCCACGGGGCUGCGCGUCCUGAUGUCCCCUCCUGACCUUGCAAUAAAGCGGCCCCACUGGGUGUGUUUUUAACCCUCUCUGCCCUGCUCUGCCCCUACCCCAGGUGGGCCCAGAGCUUCUGAGGGACCUGUCGGUGCUCCGGACCUCCCUGGCCCCUCGGGCCUGGGCCAUCUGUCGGGUGGAUGAGAGUGGGACUGGAGCAUGCUCUUGAGAUUAUUGCU